AUGAUAGCCGUAAGGUUAGAUGAAGAACCAACUAGUGGAAGACAUAGUGAGGCCCGAAUAGAUACUAGAGUAGGUGCAGCUCUGAUAGCUACUUCAGGUCAUCAUGAGGAUGAAGGUAAUAUUCAAGAUCAAAAUAUCGAGCCUACACCUGAAUUGACAACAUACAAUAUCAAAUUAGGAUGGAUACAGGGCGUAUUGAUACCAUGCCUUUUAAACAUCUGGGGUGUGAUGCUUUUCCUGCGCAUUUCAUGGAUCGUUGGACAGGCUGGUAUCUGUCUAACAGUUCUGAUCAUCUUUCUGUCGAGCGUCGUGUGCGUUAUUACCACACUAUCUCUUAGUGCCAUUUGCACGAAUGGGCUUUUAAAAGGAGGUGGUGUUUAUUAUAUCGUAUCCAGGUCAUUAGGAGCGGAACUCGGUGCAUCUGUUGGAAUUAUUUUUGCUUUCGCAAAUGCAGUAGCGGCAAGCAUGAAUACCAUCGGUUUUUGCGAAUCACUAAAUGAUUUAUUAAAAUCUUUUGAUGUGAGGAUAAUUGAUAAUGGAUUGAAUGAUGUGCGAAUCGUUGGCACUAUAGCACUCUUUGUAAUGUGCAUCAUUUGCGCUUUUGGUAUGGAUUGGGAAACAAAGGCGCAGAAUUUUCUAGUUGUAAUUAUUGUAGUAUCGAUUUUGAAUUACAUAUUAGGAGCAUGUUUGGGGCCCUCCAACGACAGUGAAAGAGCACAAGGUUUCGUUGGUAUUAGUGUGGAAACAGCACUCGUUAAUCUCGGACCAGACUUUCGAUACAGUGACAAUCAGCAACACAAUUUCUUUAGCGUUUUUGCGAUGUACUUCCCCGCCGUAACCGGAGUACAAGCUGGAGCUAAUAUAUGCGGUGAUUUGAAAAGUCCAGCCACAGCCAUACCCAAAGGCACAUUUCUGGCGCUGGGUCUAUCAAUGCUUAGUUACCUAGUGAUGGCGGUGCUAUGUGGCGUGGGCGCUCUGCGGGAUGCCAGCGGGAACAUCGCAGACGUCAACUCAGGCACUAUCGACGCAUGCAUUCCUAACUGCAAAUAUGGACUGCAUAAUAACUACGGGAUAAUGCAAUUGAUGGCACAAUCGAGCGCUCUUAUUUACGCCGGCUGCUGGGCCGCCACUUUGUCGACGGCGCUAACCAAUCUACUGUCGGUGCCGCGCCUAAUCCAGGCUCUGGGCGUGGAUCGCAUCUACCCCGGACUCAUCUUCUUCUCUAAGCCCUACGGGAAGCACGGCGAGCCCUACCGCGGAUACGUUCUCACAUUCUUCGUCUCGCUCGCAUUCUUGCUGAUAGCUGAUUUAAAUACAAUAGCUCCAUUAAUUACAAACUUUUACUUGGCGUCGUACGCUCUUAUCAAUUUUUGUACAUUUCAUGCUGGUUUAAUUCAGUCGAUAAAUUGGAGGCCUACAUUUCGAUUUUACAACACGUGGUUGUCACUAUUUGGAUUUUUAAUAUGUAUCUUUAUAAUGAUGAUAAUCAGCUGGGCGAUGGCACUUGUUACGUUUUUUAUAUUUAUGACAUUGUAUCUACUAGUACUUUAUAGAAAGCCAGAUGUGAAUUGGGGCAGUAGUACGGACGCACAACGAUACAAGGACACGGUAUCAGCUCUGAUACAAAUGUCCCACAUGCAUGAAAACAUCAAAUCGUAUAACCCUCAAGUGUUGGUAUUAGCUGGAAGACCCAACAAUAGACCAGCCCUGCUCGAUAUUGGGCACCUCAUCACGAAACUGGGCUCGUUCAUGGUGGUCGCUGACGUCAACGAGGAACCAAUUUCAAAGGCAGAACGAGUGGGUCGACUUCAAGCAGGUGAAGAAUGGCUACUAUCGCGAAAAGAUCGUGGUUUCUACGUAGUUUUAGACGGAUUGCCCUUCGAGGUGGGCGUGCAUGCAAUCAUCAGAUCUACUGGCCUAGGUAGCCUAAAGCCGAACAUUCUACUUAUUGGCUACAUGAACAGAUGGACGAGAUGUGCAGUCACUAGUGUUCGAACAUAUGUACGAGUUCUUCAGUUAGCGUUCGAAGAACAACUCGGCGUAUCCAUUUUACGCGUGCCGGAGACGGCGCGGCCGGUGAAGCAACACGUCACGCGUGGUGCGCACGAGAUGCGCAUGCAGACCCACGUGCAGGACUUGCUGUUCGCCGACUCGGACACAGACAUGCCACAGCACGGGCAUUUUAACGGUGACUAUUUUGAUAUGUUCCUAACAUAUAACACAAUAUUUUUGUUAUAUUACACAGAUGAAGCUGAAAGUAGUCACCCAGAACUUGGACUAGUAGUCAAAGAAACUGUUGCUUCAUUUCAUGACAGUGAUCCCACCAAAAAUACUCCAGUAUCAAGUCUUUCGAUGAGAAAAUCUGGAGUGUACAAACCAUUAUCUUUUAGUCCUGACAACGAUUUGGACGCGUGGUGGCUGUAUGACGACGGAGGCCUCAACAUCUUGCUGCCGUACAUCAUAGCACGUCGCGGCUUCACAGACAAAAUGCCGCUGAGGAUAUUUGCACUUACACGUGACUGCAACGAUAUUCAAGAUUCUGAAAAACACAUAAAGGCAUUACUACAAAAAUUUCGUAUCGAAUAUUCAUCGCUCAUCAUGAUUCAAGGCAUCAACGAACCUCCUAUGCAAGCGAGCUUGGAAUACUUUAAUCAGCUGAUUAAAAAGUUUAGAACUGAUUUUGGGAGUGACAUUUUAAUAUCGGAUGCAGAGCUGGAACGGCUACGCAACAAGACCAACCGUCACCUGCGACUGCGAGAGUUGCUCGUAGAACACUCGUACAUGGCCUCCUUUAUUGUUCUCACACUCCCUUAUCCGAGACUGGGCUCGGUAUCCGCUACUCUAUAUAUGUCGUGGCUCGAGGUGUUGAGCAAAGAUUUACCACCCGUGCUCUUCGUGAGAGGAAACGACGAGACUGUUCUUGGUGUAUAAAUUGGUUGGUUUAUUUUUAAGGGAUUCGAUUUUCCAUAGUAAAGUAAGUUUUUUUGUUAUAACACACGGACAUUACAUGUUUUAAAUAAUUUUGCUCCGACACAUUUAUAUGUGUCGGAGCAAAAAAGCCUUGCCACUAUUCGGGACCGCAAGGCCUCAAAGCAAAGGCGCUCAUGUCAGUAUACGCUUGCUCGGCGUUAUUUUG